GGGCAAGAUCUGCCUUUUGACCAAUAACAACGCGCUGCCUGAGAUUGACGGUUUAUCUAUCCAAUAGCGUCUCACCUCGGGGAACCCAUAUAAGCCCCACAGCCAAUGGGCGCGCUCGGCGGGAUGCGGCGGAACGUGGAGGUGAAGGCGCGGGUGCGGGCGCUGGCGGAAGCGCGCGGGGCGGCCGAGCGGCUGCUGCGGGGUGGCUCAGGUGAGCUUUGCCCAGGUGAGCUGUGCCCAGGUGAGGGGCACGCCCAGGGCACAGCCCAGGGGCAGCUGCUCGUCCAGGCCGACACGUUCUUCCGCGUCCCGCGGGGGCGGCUCAAGCUGCGGCGGACACAGGAUGGCCGGGGGGAGCUGAUCUUCUACGAGCGCCCCGACACCACCGGCCCCAAACUCUCCAGCUUCACCAUCACCCCCACAGCUGACCCCGAUGGGCUGGAGGCAGUGCUGGCACAGGCGCUGGGCGUGCUGGGCGUGGUGAGGAAGGAGCGGCUCCUCUACCUGGUGGGGCAGACCCGGGUGCACCUGGACCGCGUGGAGGGGCUGGGCGACUUCCUGGAGCUGGAGGUGGUGCUGAGGCAGGAGCAGAGCGUGCAGGACGGGGAGCGCGUGGCCCGGGAGCUGCUGCGGGCCCUGGGGGUCGGGGAGGACGACCUGAUCUCGGGGGCUUACCUGGACCUGCUCCUGGCCAAGGGGCAACCAGGGAUGGGGGCAGAACCCCCCAACUGCCACCCCCCGGCUGGGCAGGGUCAGCAGAGCUGAGAGCAGCGGAGACACGGCUCUGCCACCGGCACCCUGUGCCUGCCCCACGGACACCCUGUACCUGCCCCAGACACCUUGUCCCCACCCCAGACAUCCUGGACCCCCCCUAUGGGCACCCUGUGCCCACCCUACAG